ACAAGAUGGCGUCUGGUCGAUAGGUGUGUUAGCAGAGUGUCUUUGUUGUGUUUUUAAAGUGUGAACAUGUCUAAAGUCCAAAUGCUGAGAUCGUUGGUGAAGCAGCGACUAACUGCGGCUGCUGAAGAGAUAUUUGGGCUGGUUGAAAGAACGAUAGCAGAGUACGAGGAGGAACUUUGUCGAUCAAAAGAGGAGAACGAGCGACAACGGAAACUACUGGACGCUGUUUUCAACCCUCAGCUUCGGUUACACAGAGCAGACGUCCAGCAGCUGUUGGUGGUUAAAGAAGAGGUUCCUCCUGAGCAGCAGGAGUGGAGCUCCAGUGUGGACCAGGAGGACCCAGAGCCUCCACACAUUAAAGAGGAACAGGAGGACCCAGAGCCUCCACACAUUAAAGAGGAACAGGAGGACCCAGAGCCUCCACACAUUAAAGAGGAACAGGAGGAACUCUGGAUCAGUCAGGAGGGAGAGCAGCUUCAAGGGCUGGAGGAGGAUGAUAUCACCAAGUUCACAUCCACUCCUGUCCCUGUGAAGAGUGAAGAUGAUGAAGAGAAACCUCAGUCCUCACAGCUUCAUCAAAGACACACUGAACAGAUGGAAACAGAAGCAGAGGGAGAGGACUGUGGAGGAGCAGAACCAGCCAGGAACUCAGAUCCAGAUACACAUUUACAACCUGAGACUGAUGACAGUGAUGAUUGGACAGAGACCAGAGAACCUCAGUCAGGUUUAAACUGUCUGAAAAAUGAUCAAGUCCCUGUCAGUGAUUUGAUUGUUUGUGGGAAAAGAUUUAGCUGCUCUGAAUGUGGGAAAGGAUUUAAUUACAGAGGAGAUUUGAAGAUACACAUGAGAUGUCAUACAGGAGAGAAACCAUUUAGCUGUUCUGAGUGUGGGAAAAGAUUUGGUUACAGUGGAGAUUUGAAGAAACACAUGAGAACUCACACAGGAGAGAAACCAUUUAGCUGUUCUGAGUGUGGGAAAAGAUUUGGUUACAGUGGAGAUUUGAAGAAACACAUGAGCACUCACACAGGAGAGAAACUAUUUAGCUGCUCUGAGUGUGGGAAAAGAUUUGGUCACCGUUGGGAUGUGAAGAGUCACAUGAGAACUCAUACAGGAGAGAAAACAUUUAGCUGCUCUGAGUGUGGGAAAAGCUUUGGUCAAAGUGGAGAUCUGAAAAGACACAUGACAACUCAUACAGGAGAGAAACUAUUUAGUUGCUCCGAGUGUGGGAAAGCAUUUGGAAGAAGCGAACAUCUGAAAAGUCACAUGAGAACUCAUACAGGAGAGAAACCAUUCAGCUGCUCUGAGUGUGGGAAAGUAUUUAGUCGAAAUGAUAAACUGACUGUGCACAUGAGAUCUCAUACAGGAGAGAAAUCAUUUAGAUGUGUAAUUGGUGGGGAGUAAUUUAGACAAAGUGGAACUUUAUAUACAAAUAUUAGAACUCAUGAUGGAGGAAAAUUAUUCAGCUGCUCAGUUUGUACAAAAAUCAUUUACAUGGUAGAUAGCUUUAAAAACUCACAUGAUAACUCAUAUAGGAGACUGACCUUUCAGCAUGAAAUCUGAAACAUAAACUGGACAGUUACACAGUUGUAUGAAAAACCUAUUGACUAUAGUGUUUGUCACCAAAGAUUCACUUGGCCAAAACAACACUGAAACCAACGGGGUGUUGUUUGUCAGUCCUCACAGCCUUAUCAAACUCAAACUGAGGAGAGCAGAGAGGCAGAGCCUUCAGCCAGCAGCUCAGCUUCACAGAUGGAAACAGAAGCUGAAGGCUGGGAAAUAUAUUUUAAUAUAUUGUUUUUCAUUCACAUGCAUGCUGCUCAGGGCUUGACAGUGCAAGCGUUUUACUCGCAUUUGUGACUAAAAAUAGGUGUGUGCGAACUGUAAAAAAUAUUUAGGGCCACGUGUGCCGAAGCAGCCUAUAUUUUUGUCAAUAAAAAAAUAUGAUAAUCUAACCGCAAAUGUUGGAGAAACUCCAGCAGCCUCCCCUCUUUCCUCUUCCUCGUGUGACACGGUUAUAGGCGGUUUUCCAAGCCACUGUUGGCACAAUGAAUAUAAGUCCCACUGUCGGCAGCGUGGAAAUAAGUCAAAGUGUGGAGGAAGCGGCGGACCUACGGGGAAGCCUGCUCCGUUCUCCCCGCAGUUAGGGACCGUUCUCCACAGCCAUGCUGUCGGCUGGGUGGAAAUAAUGCCCUUUUCACACAGAGCGCGCGAAACGCACGACUCCGCCGACCAGCCCAUUCAUUGUGUAUGUGCAACCGCAGCGCAAGAGCGCACCGCUCUGCCGGCGAGCUGAGUGGCGCACGAGAGGGCCACGGAGUCUGCGUGCCACCAGCCUGCGCUCAAAUUGAAAUUUUUUAAAUUUCCUGCAGUUAGAGACCGUUCGCCACGGUACCUCUGCUGGGCAGGGUGGAAAUAAAUCCUGCAGAGUUUCAGAGGACCUGGAGAAAGUUUUAGGAUAGUAAUAACAUUAUAUAAGACAAUCAAAUUGCAAAGAUAAUAUAUAUAUAAGACAAUAACUAUAAAGACAAAAUUAAAUUGCAAUACUUUUUCAAAACUUGAUCAUUUUACCUUUCUGUACAUUUUGUAUACAAAUUCAUGAAAUAAUUUUGCUUGUAAAUGUCUAUUUGCAUCACGUUUAUUACAGAAAACACAUUAUUUGACCAAUUUACAUUGUGCCCCCAAAGUUGUUUGUGCGCUCCUUACUUUUUCAACUUAGGAGCACAUGUGCUCCUUGGGGAAAAAAGUUAGCGUCAAGCCCUGCUGCUCGAGGAUUAGGAUUUUUGUGGAGCGAAAUGGUGUUUAUGAUUUAAUGUUAGAAGGAAGAGUAACAAGUGUUUAACCAUUAGUGACAAUAAAAUCUGUGUUAGAUCAAAUAUGUAAUCAAGUAUAUGAUCAAUUGUUUCAUUAAA